ACUACAUCUCGAACCGUUCGGCGCUACCGUCUCCAUCGCCACGUCCGUCGCCCCUCGGCCCGUGCCUCUACAUCGAGUUCGCUUCGCUAGGCGGAAGUAGAUCUUCGUCAGCACCACCUUCGGCCAAAUCUACAACUCGGUGUCACUCAGUCAACUACCGUGAAAAGCGCCGCCUUCUUCCCAAGUGCCUACUCUUCGCCUUGUUCGCCAUCAUCGGCGUGCGUCUUCUUCUUGUCGUUCGCUCGUUUGUCACUUUCCGG